AUGUGUUCAAUCGCGUCGACCUCCGCUGCAGAUGUGUAUUCGCCAAUGAAAAAAUCUCCAAAUUGGCUGGUAAUGCCUCACGAUGUGAUGGUAGAUAUAAUCCAGAGAUUGCCUACAUUAGAAAUUUUCAACAGCGCAAGGAAAGUAUGUAGAACUUGGCAGAGAAUUUGUAAGGAUCCGGCGAUGUGGAAGGUCAUCCAUAUGAAUACUCGGUAUGAUGGCUACGAUCUCGAGAUUCUGACUAAGCAUGCAGUCAAUCUCAGCUGUGGGGAAUUGAUUGAUAUCAGUAUCGAGUACUUUGGCAGCAAUGAUCUCCUUAAUUACAUUGCCCUGCGCUCAAGCAAUCUGAAAUGUCUUUCCCUUACGAACUGCUUUCAUAUGACGGGUAGUGGGUUGAGUCAGGCAGUCAGAAAGCUAGCCCGAUUAGAGAAACUUCAUAUUUGCUUAAUUGAUAUCAAUGAGGGAGAUAUUGAAGUUAUUGGAAAGAAUUGCCCACAGCUUAAGUCCUUCAAGAUGUGCAAACCAUUCAGAGGGAGAUUCAAAUGUGACUAUCAUGCCUUUGCCAUUGCGUACUACAUGCCCCAAUUAAGCCAUUUGGAGCUGUUUGAUAUUGAGAUGACAAAUGAUGGACUUGAGGCCAUUCUUUAUGGCUGUCCUCACCUCCCAUCACUUGAUGUGCGUAUGUGUGAUAACCUUGAUCUUGGUGGGAAUUUAGGAAAAUUGUGCAUGGAACGGAUUAAAGAUUUCAAGCAUAAUUCAACACAAAACAGCUGGUUUGAUGUUCAAAUUUAUGACUAUGCCGAUGUGGAUGCCUUUUAUUAA